UAGCUAGAGGAUGAUUGGAAGCAGAGCUAAAAGACAGAGCAAUGACUAGUCACACUGACACAGGACACAGGGUGAUGACUGAUGAGAGACCCAAAAGAUUGAAAACAAACAACAGGAACAGAGCAACUUUCUUAAAAGCCCUAAAACGCCAUGACGAAAGCAGAAAACGGCUGCAGCAAAAUUUUCUGCACCCCAUUUCUACCAUUCAAAUAUAUUACAUUAGCAGAGCAGAGUGCUGUUAUGCUGUUGUGUUGCUUCCUGUUUGGUGAUUUAAGCACAAUCCCCAGCCGUUGGAUGAAGCUUCAUCAAUCAAGAUUCAACUUUGAGAAGACAAAAAAGAGAAAGCCGUUUUUUUUUUUUAUCAAAUAUCUGCAGUGAACAAAGAUCCUUCAGCGAAAAAGAUCAAUUUAGACAGUUGGGUACUUGAGAAACUGAACAAAGAAAGAAAAUAACAUGGGUGAGAUCUUGAUGUACGGAAGAAAUUCGGGAAUCAUUUAAUCAAUAAGGACAAGCCCAUAAAAAAGCCUAUGCCUUUACCUCGGUUUAUCUCGAUGGUCUUCUCUUUGUUUUCACUCUUCGUCUCCCGUGUUUUCAGCUGAUGUCAUACUGCCUUCGUCUUCGGUCUUGACUUCAUCAUCGCUGCUUGUAUCCAUGGCUGAAGCCCUCUCCAGAUUCUUUCCCUUCUAUGGGAAGCUGUACAUCUAUAGAACACUUCCUUUUGAAAAGGUCGUUUAGUGCUUGAUUCAAACUGUGCAUUUGUUUUUCUUGAAAACCUCUGUUUCUGUUGCUCUGUAAUCGAUUUUCGUCUUUGUUUCCAAUCACUUCUUCGCAGAAAUUUUCAUUCUCUAAAGCCUCGCUUAAACCUUAAUCCCUUCUUCUUCUUCUUCUUCUAUUUUUUUCAUAGCUUGUUUUCUUUUAAUGGAUAAUAGGAUUGGUUUCUCUGAUUCUACCGAAAUCAGCAAUGGAAGCAGCACGUGCUGCAUAGAGACCCUCUCCACUCCUAUGCCUUCAAACCCAGAAAUCUCAGCACUCCAACAGCUAUCCAGAAGCCUAGAAUCCAUCUUCCACUCCCCAGAUUUUGACUUUUUUGCCGACGCCAAAAUCAUAAUCUCGUCUGCUAACCGGGAGGUCCCAGUCCACCGGUGCAUUCUGUCGGCAAGAAGUUCUUUCUUCAAGGCGGUGUUUUCAGGUUCUGCGGCCAAAGAGAAAGGUGCAGAGUUUGAAUUGAAGGAAUUGGCAAAGGACUAUGAUGUUGGGUUUGAUUCGCUUGUGGCUGUUUUGGCAUAUUUAUAUAGUGGAAAAGUGAAGCCAUUGCCAAAGGACGUUUGUGUUUGUGUGGAUGAAGAUUGCUCCCAUGUCGCUUGCAGGCCCGCUGUAGAUUUUAUGGUUGAGGUGCUUUAUGCUUCUUUUACAUUUCAGGUGCCUGAAUUGGUGGCUCUCUAUCAGAGGCACCUUCUGGACAUUCUUGACAAGGUUGCAAUUGAUGACAUCUUGGUGGUGCUAUCUGUUGCAAAUAUGUGUGGUAAAUCUUGUGAGAGAUUGAUCUCAAGAUGUAUUGAGAUCAUUGUGAAAUCUGAUGUUGAUAUUGUAACUCUUGAUAAGGCCUUACCUCAACAUAUUGUAAAGAAAAUAACAGAUUCUCGCUUAGAGUUUGGUCUGGAGACACCCGAAAGCGCAGGUUAUCCUGAUAAACACGUAAAGAGAAUACACCGAGCUCUGGACUCAGAUGAUGUGGAAUUAGUUAGAAUGCUAUUGAAAGAGGCACAUACCAAUUUGGAUGAUGCGCAUGCACUUCAUUAUGCUGUUGCGUACUGUGAUGCAAAGACUACCACUGAGCUUCUUGAUCUUGGAAUUGCUGAUGUGAACCAUAGAAAUUUAAGGGGCUACACUGUACUGCAUGUUGCUGCAAUGCGUAAAGAGCCUAAGAUUAUUGUAUCUCUCUUGACUAAGGGAGCUCGUCCAGCUGAUCUAACUUCAGAUGGUAGAAAGGCACUUCAAAUAUCAAAGCGACUUACAAGGGCUUCAGAUUACCAUAGGUAUACUGAGGAAGGAAAAGCGUCACCCAAGGAGCGAUUAUGCAUAGAGAUACUUGAACAAGCAGAAAGAAGAGAUCCAUUGGUCGGAGAGGCUUCUCUUUCUCUUGCUAUGGCUGGUGAUGACCUGCGAAUGAAAUUAUUAUACCUUGAAAAUAGAGUCGGGCUGGCAAAGCUUCUAUUCCCCAUGGAAGCAAAAGUUGCGAUGGAUAUUGCUCAAGUGGAUGGCACUAGUGAAUUUCCAUUAACUAACAUCAAGGUAAAGAAUUUGGCUGGUGAUCAGAGGACAACAGUGGAUUUGAACGAGGCACCUUUCAGAAUUCAAGAAGAGCAUCUGAACAGGAUGAAAGCACUCUCUAGAACAGUGGAACUCGGGAAACGGUUUUUUCCCAGGUGCUCGGAGGUACUAAACAGGAUCAUGGAUGCUGAAGACUUGUCGCAGCUCGCUUAUUUGGGGAACGACACGCCGGAUGAACGACUACAGAAGAAAAAAAGAUACAUGGAACUUCAGGAAGUUCUUGGUAAAGCAUUUACUGAAGAUAAACAAGAGUUUGAUAGAUCUACCAUAUCAUCUUCUACGUCAUCAAGAACAGUAGGAGCAGUGAGGUCUAAUGGUAAACUCCUUAAUAGAGGUGGUGGUAAGGCUUAAUACAUUCUCUCUUCCUGUAGUAUGAUAUCUCUCUAGCUUUUUUAGUUCCCUGUGAUCAGCAUAUCGAUCAUCUUUUUCCUUUCCUUUUCUUUUUGUUUAAAUUAUUUUGAAUUGUAAUAAAUAAGUUGUUAGCUAUUCAGAAAUGAAGAGAAUAAGUUCAUAAGUUCA